AUGGCGCCAGGGUGCUCGGCUGGCCGUCUGCCGCUCUGCUCUGUGUUCACUGUAUGUUUUGUGAUUUACCUGUCAUGCCAAGAGGUUUCAGCUCUCAUUGUAUCCGACCGUCAAACUCCGCUUGAGAUCGGAGGUUACUUCGAUCGGUUCACUUAUGACAAGUUGAUAAGUUCUCCUCCAUGCCUUGAGGAAAUCCCGGCAUUUCUUAGGCGCCCUCCCCUCCAUCUUGUCCCCCCUGAGACGACGCAGGAGAAGACGUGGGAAAUGGGAGGCCUCCGGGUCCGGCUCAAGUCCCACCUGAGGUCGUUACGUCUGUCUGAUCACUGCAGAGACCUGCACCUUCUCGACGUUAGGAUGAGGACAAGAGGCCGUUGGAUCCAACCGGUGUUCCUGGACAUCGGCGGUUUUGACAGCGUCAGCUGUUCGCUGGCCCCCGAUCAGCUGUUGCUGCAUCCCUCCAGCUGGCGUGUUCCUACCGGGAGACGCGGUGUGAACCUUUGGUAUCUCCGUUCACUGAAGCGUGCUCCGUCUUCAUCUGAUACUACUAAUCUUCACUUGGCUUUGUGGAAUGUUAGAUCUGUCACAAACAAAACUUUCCUAAUCAACGAUUUCUUCACCUCACGGAAAUUGGAUUUUAUGUUCCUUACGGAAACCUGGCUCCGGGAAGGUGAACUUGCCCCUUUUUCGGAGCUCCUUCCCCCUGGAUGUAGCUUCUUCAGCUCCGCCCGCAUCACCGGCAAAGGUGGAGGAUUAGCAUCCGCAUUCAAAUCCACCUUUCACUGCCGGCAGCCUCCAGCUGUUAAUCGCAGCACCUUUGAGCUCCAACUCCUCGAGGUAAACUUCUCUGUGACUGUUCUCUGUGCGGUUGUCUAUCGUCCACCGAAAUUUAAAAAAGAUUUUAUUCAGGAUUUUGCUGACUUCAUGUCGGGUGUCACUCUUAAUUAUGACCACUUUUUAAUUGUCGGCAAUUUUAACGUGCAUGUCUGUUAUGAGACCAGGCCUCUGGUCAGAGACUUCCUCAAUCUCAUCGACUCUUUUAAUCUCACACAGUCCGUUUUGGAGCCGACACAUGACAAGGGUCAUAUAUUGGAUCUUGUAUUGUCUUAUGGAUUAGAUGUACAGAUAACCGAAAUCUGUCAUACACCCGUGUCCGACCAUCAUCCUGUUUUUUUUUCCCUCGCAACACCUGUUGUCUGAACCACAAACUCCACCCCCGUCCGCCGUGUUCGUGCUUUCAACUCUUCAACUCCCUCGCAGUUCUCCGCUGCUUUUAAAGACUCUUUCCUAGAUUCUCUGGAUGAUCUUUGCGAUCGUAGUGUUGAUGCCUGCAUGUCUAUGUUUGAUUCAGUCUGUAAUGAGAUUUUGGACUCUAUUGCUCCCAUGUCUCUGAGGCGUGUGAAGCCACAGACUGAGCCUUGGCUGAACGAGUCCACCCAUGCGCUCAGACGCGCAUGCAGGCAGGCGUGGAAGUGGAAGAAGGACAGUGUACAAAUUAAUUGGGAUCUCCUUCAUGACUGUCUCCGAACCUAUCAGCAUGCAGUGAAAGCUGCAAAGGCUGAUUAGUUCUCCACACUUGUUUCUGCUAAUGCUCACAAACCACAGGUUCUUUUUAAUGUAUUUGAUGCUCUUGUCAAUCCGUGUGAUGCUGCUUUUGUUGAGCCCUCUUCAUUGCUGUGUGAGGAUUUCCUGCAGUUUUUUAUUAAUAAGAUUGCUGUUCUUAGGUCCCCACUCUCUCUUUCUGCUCAGGAUCCCUCAGUUCCUUCAGCAGGCUCUGCUGUCUUUCAACAGUUUGAGCCUGUUACUCUCUCCACAAUCACUGAGAUAGUGGAACACUUAUGUCCUGCUAACUGCCCCUCUGACAGCAUUCCAUCCCGUUUGUUUAAGGAAGUUUUCACCUCAGUUCAGUCUUUUAUUUUACUUCUUUAAAAUCAGUGUCUCAGCUCUGGGUGUGUUCCAUCUUCUUUCAAACAUGCCAUGGUGCAGCCCCUCCUGAAAAAGAAAAACCUGGAUCCCUUGAUUUUAUCUAAUUUUAGGCCUAUUUCUAAAGUUCCUUUUAUUUCCAAGGUUUUAGAGAAAGUCGUUUUUAACCAACUCCAAGAGAUUUUACAGAGGGCCAAUGUUUCCGAAUUGUUUCAGUCUGGUUUUAAGUCUCUUCACAGCACUGAAACUGCACUUUUAAAGGUUUUUUAAUGAUCUUUUGUUAAAUCUGGACUCUGGAAACUGUGUCAUUUCAAUUCUCCUCGACCUAACAGCGGCAUUUGAUACAGUGGAUCAUUCAAUCCUCAUAUCUCGCCUGGAACAAUGUGUUGGCAUAAAAGAGACUGCCCUAAGCUGGUUCAAAUCUUACCUCUCUGGGAGAUCCUUCUCUGUUCACAUGGGACAGUUUUCCUCCUCCGUUGCCCCUCUGACAUGCGGUGUUCCCCAGGGGUCAGUCCUGGGCCCUUUACUGUUCUCCCUCUACAUGCUACCGCUGGGGUCCAUUUUUAGGAAGCACGGUAUCCCCUUUCAUUGUUUUGCUGAUGAUGUACAGGUGUAUUUGCCAGUGAAGGCACCUACUAAAGACUUGCUCCAGGCUGUGUUUAACUGCAUGAAAGACAUUAAAACAUGGAUGGACCUAAACUUGUUAAAACUAAAUGAAAAUAAAACAGAGGUUAUCCUGUUCGGCCGUCCCGACCUGGUUCAGGUCCUUGCCAGCUCCCUUGACCCAUUAGCACCAUACAUAAAAUCCCAUGCCAGGAAUCUUGGAUUUAUUAUUGAUGGUGCCUUCAAACUGGACAAGCAGGUCAGUGCUGUGGUCAAGUCCAGCUUCUUCCAGCUGAGGCUUUUGGCAAGGAUUAAACCGUAUCUCAACCAAAGAGACCUGGAAACAGUUAUCCAUUCUUUUAUUACGUCUUGCUUGGAUUACUGCAAUUCCCUUUACUUUGGAAUUGACCAGUCUGAGCUCAACCGCCUGCAGCUCCUGCAGAACGCGGCAGCUCGCCUCCUUUCUAGUACCAAGAAGCGUGAGCACAUAACUCCAGUGCUCUCUUCUCUACACUGGCUUCCAGUUCGGCACAGGAUCGUUUUUAAGAUUCUUUUAUUUGUUUUUAAAUCUCUGAAUGGGCUGGCCCCGGAGUACCUGGCUGACCUGGUUAAGCUACACCAACCCUCCAGAGCCCUUAGGUCUGCUGACCGAGUCAUUUUAGACCUGCCUCGUUCGUUUUUAAAAUCCAGAGGGGAGCGAGAGUUUGCGGUUGCAGCUCCCACUUUGUGGAAUGCACUACCCCUAAGUAUGCGCACUGCAAAUAGUCUCUCUACUUUUAAAACUCAACUGAAGACGCACUUGUUCACCUUAGCUUUUGACGGAGUAUGAUACUUGUAUUGGCUAUAUAUUUGUUUUUAUUUUCAUUUAUAUGUUACAUGUCUUUUGUUGCUGCUGUUUGUUGUGUAUGACUUGCUUUUAUUGCUACUGCUUCGUUAUUGUAAAGCACUUUGGUAGGCCACUGGCUGUUUAAAUGUGCUAUACAAAUAAAAUUGACAUUGACAUUAAAGGGAGCCCUAACACCAAAAAAAAAAAAAAAAAAAGAUUUUAUUCCUAACCCCCAAAUCCAAACCCAGGACCUUUAAACCGAUACCCGGGUAUAACAGAAAAGAAGUCCUCAAAGGUUUUUGGAUAGUGAUUUAAACACUUAUCCGAAAACCCUAACCUUAACCCUAGCCUCAUAACCCAAUACCCGGGUAUUACACAAAGAAAGCCCUAACAACCCCAAACAUUUUUUUUUUCAUUUUUCUUUUUUUUUUUUGUCUAAGUCCAAAAGGUCUGAAACAUGUUCCUAAAAUGGUCUUGGACAGUGAUUUUAACCCUAAUCCCAAAAAACCUUAAACCUUACCCUUGCCCCAUACCUACAGGAAGCCCUAACACCCCAAAAAAUUUUUUUGACAUUUUUCUGUUUUUUUUUGUCUAACUAACUCCAAAAGGUCUGAAACAUGUUCCUAAAAUAGUCUUGAACAGUGAUUUUAACCCUAACCCUAAAUACCUUUAACCUUAUCCUAGCCCCGUAACCCAAUACCCGGGUAUUACCUUAAGGAAGCCAGAACACUCCAAACAUUUCUUUUUCAUUUUUCGUUUUUUUUUUGGUCUAACUAACUCCAAAAGGUCUGAAACAAGUUCCUAAAAAGGUCUUGGACAGGGAUUUUAACCCUAACCCCAAAAACCUUAAACCUUACCCUAGCCCUGUAACCCAAUACCCUGGGAUUACCUAAAGAAAGCCCUAACACCCCAAAAAUUUUUUUGACAUUUUUCAGUUUUUUUUGGUCUAAGUCCAAAAGGUUUGAAACAUGUUCCUCAAAGGUUUUUGGACAGUAGUAUUAACGCUUAUCCGAUAACCCUAACCCUAACCCUAGCCCCGUAGCCCAAUACCUGGGUAUUACCUUAAAAAAAAAGCCCUAACAACCCCCAAAUUGUUUUUUGACAUUUUUCUUUUUUUUUUGUCUAACUCCAAAAGGUCUGAAACAUGUUCCUAAAAAGGUUUUGGACAGUGAUUUUAACCCUAACCCCAAAAAACCUUAAACCUUAUCCUAGCCCCGUAACCCAAUACCCGGGUAUUACCUAAAGGAAGCCCUAACACCCCAAACGUUUCUUUUUCAUUUUUCGUUUUUUUUUUGGUCUAACUAACUCCAAAAGGUCUGAAACAAGUUCCUAAAAAGGUCUUGGACAGGGAUUUUAACCCUAACCCCAAAAACCUUAAACCUUACCCUAGCCCUGUAACCCAAUACCCUGGGAUUACCUAAAGAAAGCCCUAACACCCCAAAAUUUUUUUUGACAUUUUUCAGUUUUUUUUGGUCUAAGUCCAAAAGGUUUGAAACAUGUUCCUCAAAGGUUUUUGGACAGUAGUAUUAACGCUUAUCCGAUAACCCUAACCCUAACCCUAGCCCCGUAGCCCAAUACCUGGGUAUUACCUUAAAAAAAAAGCCCUAACAACCCCCAAAUUGUUUUUUGACAUUUUUCUUUUUUUUUUGUCUAACUCCAAAAGGUCUGAAACAUGUUCCUAAAAAGGUUUUGGACAGUGAUUUUAACCCUAACCCCAAAAAACCUUAAACCUUAUCCUAGCCCCGUAACCCAAUACCCGGGUAUUACCUAAAGGAAGCCCUAACACCCCAAACGUUUUUUUUUUUUCCAUUUUUCAUUUUUUUUAUUUUGGUCUAACUAACUCCAAAAGGUCUGAAACAUGUUCCUAAAAAGGUUUUGGACAGUGAUUUUAACCCUAACCCAAAAAGGUUUUGGACAGUGAUUUUAACCCUAACGCCAAAAACUUUAAACCUUACCCUACCCCCGUAACCCAAUACCUAAAGGAAGCCCUAACACCCCAAACAUUUUUUUUUCAUUUUUCGUUUUUUUUUUGUCUUACUAACUCCAAAAGGUCUGAAACAUGUUUCUAAAAAAGUCUUGGACAGUGAUUUUAACCCUAACCCCAAAAACCUUUAACCUUACACUAGCCCCGUAACCCAAUACCCGGGUAUUACCUAAAGGAAGCUGGUUGGGGCAAAGGAAGGAGCACUUUAUGUUACAUCCAGCAUACCCCUAGGCUGGGUCGUAUCAUAAAUUGGGGGCUCGUCCGGGAUCAAUUGUUACUUGGGUUUGUGUAUUAGUGUUGUGUAUUUCAGGUAAUUCUGGUUGGUAAAUUUUUUUUGGCACGAUGGAGUUUAAUUUGGAGAAUUUUGUGAAGAAUCCCACUUUAGAGCAGCUACAAAAAUGUAGAAAAGUUGAUUUGUUACUCAUUGCAAAUCAAUAUAAUAUUGAUGUAGCAGCGAAUCCUAAGAAGGAGGAGCUGCUUCAGCUUAUAACUGGUCAGCUUGUGGAAAGAGGUUUGCUGCCCUUAGAAGAUGCAGGGAAGGCUAAUGUGGCACCCCCACAGACAGUUCCACCAGUCACUGCCGCCCUUUCUGACCCUCCUGUGUUGCUGGGGAUGUCGGCUGAGGAGCUCAGACUGACCCUCCGCGUGAAGGAGAUGGAGGUGCAGGCCAUGCAUCUGAGGGUGAGAGCUUUGGAGCUGGAACGCCUGCCUAGCACCCCCAGUCAACCCAGUCAGCAAACCCCACACUUAUCUGCAAGCAGUUUUGAUGUGAGCAAACACAUUGCUCUUGUUCCGUCCUUCAGAGAGUCUGAGGUGGACUCGUACUUCAGUGCAUUUGAAAGGAUAGCAGCUGCUCUUAAUUGGCCUAAGGAUGUUUGGUCCCUGUUGCUCCAGUGCAAGGUGGUGGGUAAAGCCCAGAAGGUUUGUUCCAGCCUCACACUUGAGCAGAGCUUAAACUAUGACAUUGUUAAAGCUACUGUGCUGAGGGCUUAUGAGCUUGUGCCUGAGGCUUAUAGGCAAAAAUUUAGAUCAUGUGUUAAAAGUGAAAACCAAACCUAUGUCGAGUUUGCUCGAGAUAAAGGGGCUCUUUUUGAUAAGUGGUGUCAGUCCAGUAAAGUUAAUGAUUUUGCCAAGCUGCGUGAGCUGGUGCUGCUGGAGGAUUUUAAAAAGUGUCUACCUGAGCGCAUGGUCACCUAGCUAAAUGAACAGAAGGUUGUGUCUUUGGCUGAGGCAGCAGUCCUGUCUGAUGAGUUUGCGCUCACUCAUAAAAGUGUGUUCAUGUCCUCUGUGCACCGUGAUCCAUCCGUUCAUGUUGAAAAUAAAUGGAGAUCCCCAGGAUUGUCCCGGCGUGGCGAAACUGCCAACGGUGAAAACCGGCUGUGUUUUUAUUGCCUCCAGUCCGGUCACUUCAUCACCGUCUGCCCGGUGUUAAAGCAGAAAGAACAGGCUAGAAUUAAAAGUCCAUCACCAGUGGCACUGAUCCAGUCACAAACAGUGUUUCAUCAGCAAGAACGGCCGACUGAUCAGCUGCCUAAAGAAAUAGAGGAUGACUUUAAACCAUUUGUGACACAAGGUUUCGUGUCGCUGUCUGGGUGUGAGGCAGACAGAGUCCCGAUAACUAUUUUAAGGGACACUGCGGCAAAACAUUCUGUGGCUCGACAUGGAGUCGUGCCGUUUUCUCACAUGUCAUAUUGUGGGUCUGAUUUGUUGUUGUGGGGAUUAAAAAUGAGUGUAAUUCGUGUGCCGCUUCAUAACAUCCAUCUCUUCUCCCCCUUAGUGUCUGGCCCGGUGCGGGUUGGCGUGCGCGAUCAGCUGCCGAUUGCGGGGGUCGACCUCAUCCUCGGGAAUGAUUUGGCAGGAGGUGUUCCCCAGCAGUCCUGAGGUGAUGGACGAUCCCGCUGCUGAUGUGUGCGUCUGCCCUGCUGAGCCUGACAUGCCGCCUGUGUUCCCCUCGUGCGUCGUGACGCGUGCCCAAGCGCAUAAGUUUGAAGAAGUGACGGAUCUGUCUGAUUCAUUUUUGAGAGUUCCAGAUAGCACAGUUCCCUCUCCAGAAAAUGAGAGUGUUCCCGUGUCUGUUGAUGUGCAGCUGGAAGGAAAUUUGUGUUUAUCG